UCGGGACGAAGUCUUCGCUGGCCCGGGCUCUCGUGGGCUCACUCGCUCUAGGGAACCGGCACCAUGGCGUCGGGCUGCAAGAUCGGCCCGUCCAUCCUCAACAGCGACCUGGCCAACCUGGGGGCCGAGUGCCUGCGCAUGCUGGACUCGGGGGCCGACUACCUGCACCUGGAUGCACCCUGCUCUUCAGGGAGGUCAGAUUUUUGCAUUUUGUUCCCAACAUCACUUUUGGUCACCCUGUGGUUGAAAGUCUUCGAAAGCAGCUAGGACAGGACCCUUUCUUUGAUAUGCACAUGAUGGUGUCUAGGCCGGAACAGUGGGUAAAGCCAAUGGCCGUGGCAGGUGCCAAUCAAUAUACCUUUCAUCUUGAGGCAACUGAGAACCCAGGGGCUUUGAUUAAAGACAUCCGGGAGAAUGGGAUGAAGGUUGGCCUUGCCAUUAAACCAGGAACGACAGUUGAAUAUUUGGCCCCAUGGGCUAAUCAAAUAGAUAUGGCCUUGGUAAUGACGGUAGAACCUGGGUUCGGAGGCCAGAAAUUCAUGGAGGAUAUGAUGCCAAAGGUUCACUGGUUGAGGACCCAGUUCCCCGCUCUGGAUAUAGAGGUGGAUGGUGGAGUAGGUCCUGACACUGUUCAGAAGUGCGCGGAGGCAGGAGCUAACAUGAUUGUGUCUGGCAGUGCCAUCAUGAGGAGUGACGACCCCAGAUCUGUAAUCAACUUACUAAGAAAUGUCUGUUCAGAAGCUGCCCAGAAACGUUCUCUUGAUCGAUGAAGUCACAGGAACCCAGUUUCUGCUCAUGAAAUCUUUUUUACUGGAAAAGAGAAAUAUUAACUACCAAAUCACAUUGGAUCGAAUGAAGCAGUGCUGCAUUCCAGUGAUUAAAAUCAAUUGUGCAGGAUGUUCAAGAGGUUAGAAAUAACUACCUUUUUAGUGAUGCCAUUUAGAGAUUAGCAUGAUGAAAUAUUCAUGUUUAUAUUGGGAAAUGAUUUUUGUAAAGUGAAAAUAUGGUUUUUGAUUACAGACAGAGAUGUGUCUUAGUGCCUAAAGAGGAAAAUUAGCUACUAUGAAAACCAUUUUUCUGUAUUUUUAAAAAGAAUAUUCUGUUAUCUCCCCAGUUUAUUCGUGUCAUUUGUAGUUUGUUUACAUGCCUGAGAAUAUGAAUGGAGGGAAAAUCAGAAGCUUUGGUGGGCUGGCAUGCCGUGGUCUGGCACCUCAAACAUUUUUACUUUUAAUCUUACACUUAGUUUAUUAAAAACUAUAAAAAUAAUUUUUGAAGCCUAGGGUUUCUGAUAUGUAAGCACAGACUUUAUCAAGGUCUUUUCUUUUUCACAGCACACUAUCCACUAAUUCCUCCCUGCUCCUCGUUCUCACUCAACCCCCAUGAGGGCUGUGAAAUAAUACAUGGUGAUGGCUCUGAGCAGAAAGGAACAAUAUAGUCUCUCUUAGGAGCUGCACUGGGUUGAAUCCAGGUCGGCCCCAUUCUAGCUCACCCAACUUAUUUUCACUACCAACUCAUAUAUCUUGAAUGUGUUGAGAAUUAAAAGCAUAACAUGAUAUUGUAAAGUUUAUACUUCUACUCGUAGACUGUAGGGGAUAUGUAUGUUUUGUAAGUUAUUAAGCACUUUGAUUGUGUUUAAUUAACUCUUAGAUUGUCCUAUAAUUGUGAGGCAGGUAUUUCUUGGGCUGGUACAUAGAAAAGGUUCAGUAAGAAGGCUUUCUGGUAUGUCCUACUGCUCUGACUACAAAUAGCUCCCAAGAGGUAAGUUAGAAACAAGAAAGGUUCUUUGCUUUGUUGUUUUUAGUGUAACUAUACCCUCUAGCAGAGUCAGAGUGAGCCAAGGAUACUCUGGAACUAGAGAUGUGACCCAGAAGAU